CCGGAUCUCUCAUGGGAGGAAGGUGGCGUGCAGAGUGUUAUUUGUGCUCUUCCAAGGAUCAAAGCAUCAGCUGGAAGACAAAGAGGAUGGCUAUAACAGCACUCCGGAUGACUGAGAAUAACAAGCAACAUUGAAAAGGAAAGCCAAUCAAGCCAGAAAUCAAAGUAUUUUCCAUUUCCCACUGAUUAGGGGCAAAAGGCAGUUCCUCUUCCUCCUCACUGACUGGCUGCAGCUGCAUGAUUUCCCCAAGCAAAGCCUCAGGACUCCUGCUGCAGCUGUGCUUCAGCCAAAUCCUUGUCAGACAACUGACUGGAGCCAUUGAUCAACUCCCCUCCAGAUGUGCCAGGAGGUGAUUCAUCUUCCUCUGAACUGACAUCUGAAGCGUGAUCUGGGAAAGCAUCUGAAGGAGUCAUCACAGGCAGACAGUAAUACAGGCCUGGAACUGGGAGGAAGCAAACAGCUGCAAUCAAAGCAAAACUAAACAGGGGAUCACACAUAUUUUUGACCUCCUCAAUAAUAUCAGUGGUGGAAAAGCUCCAUAGAUGUGCCUGUUGUGGGGAAAGCACAGAUUGCAAAUCACAACUGAUUAUGCAUAAGAUGAUCCACACUGGAAAAAAGCCAUAUUAAUGCUACAAAUGUGACAAAAGCUUUUGUCAGAAUAGUUCUCUUGUGGUUCAUAGAAAGACCCAUAGAAGACAGAUGCCCUACUACUGCUCUCAAUGUGGUAAAUGCUUUCGCAAGCAUGGCAAUCUGGUGAUAUAUCAGAGCAGUCACACCAGGGAGAAACCAUGUGAGUGUACAGUUUGUGGAAAAAGAUUCAUUGCAAAUUCCCACCUGGUGAGACACCAGAGGACUCACACAGGAGAGAAACCAUAUGAGUGUGCACAGUGUGGGAAAAGUUUCAGUCAGAAUUCCGACCUGGUGAAACACCAGAGGACUCACACAGGAGAGAAACCUUAUGAAUGUCCAGAGUGUAAGAAAAGUUUCAGUUACUCUUCUCAUGGCAAUCUGGUGAUACAUCAGAGGACUCACACCAGGGAGAAACCAUGUGAGUGUACAGUUUGUGGAAAAAGAUUCAUUGCAAAUUCCCACCUGGUGAGACACCAGAGGACUCACACAGGAGAGAAACCAUAUGACUGUCCACAGUGUGGGAAAAGUUUCAGUCAGAAUUCCACCCUGGUGAACCACCAGAGGACUCACACAGGAGACAAACCCUUUGAAUGUCCUGAUUGUGCGAAACGUUUCAGUCAGAAUUCUGACCUGGUGAACCACCAGAGGACUCACAAAGGAGAGAAACCAUUUGAGUGUCCUCAGUGUGGGAAAAGUUUCAGUCAGAAUUCCAACCUGGUGAACCACCAGAGGACUCACACAUUAGAGAUUCCCUUUGAAUGUCCUGAUUCUGGGAAAUGUUUUGGUUACCAUUCUAAUCUUGUGAUGCACCAGAGGAUUCACACAGGAGAGAAACCAUUUGAAUGUCUUGAUUGUGGGAAAAGUUUCCUUGCAAAUUCCCACCUGGUGAACCACCAAAGGACUCACACAGGAGAGAAACUAUAUGAGUGUCCCGACUGUGGUAAAUGUUUCAUUCAGUGUUCCAACCUGGUGAUACAUCAAAGGUCUCACACUGGAGAGAAGCCCUUUGAAUGUCCUGAUUGUGCAAAACGUUUCACUCAGAAUUCCAACCUGGUGAACCACCAGAGGACUCACACAGGAGAGAAACCUUAUGAGUGUCCACUUUGUGGAAGAAGUUUCAUUUCAAAUUCCCACCUGAUGAAACACCAGAGGACUCACACAGGAGAGAACCUAUAUGACUGUCCACACUGUGGGAAAAGUUUCAGUCAGAAUUCCAACCUGAUGAACCACCAGAGGACUCACACAGGAGAGAAACCAUAUGAGUGUCCACAGUGUGGGAAAAGUUUCAGUCAGAAUUCCAACCUGAUGAACCACCAGAGGACUCACACAGGAGAGAAACCAUAUGAGUGUCCACAGUGUGGGAAAAGUUUCAGUCAGAAUUCCAACCUGGUGAACCACCAGAGGACUCACACAGGAGAGAAACCAUAUGAGUGUCCACAGUGUGGGAAAAGUUUCAGUCGGAAUUCCAACCUGGUGAUCCACCAAAGGAUUCACACAGGAGAGAAACCAUUUGAGUGUCCUCAGUGUGGGAAAAGUUUCAGUCAGAAUUCCUACCUGGUGAGACACCAGAGGACUCACACAGGAGAGAAACCAUAUGAGUGUCCACAGUGCGGGAAAAGUUUCAGUCAGAAUUCUGACCUGGUGAGACACCAGAGGACUCACACAGGAGAUAAAUCAUAUGAGUGUCCAGAGUGUGGGAAAAGUUUCAGUCACAAUUCCAACCUGGUGAACCACCAGAGGACUCACACAGGAGAGAAACCUUAUAAGUGUCCAGUUUGUAGAAGAAGUUUCAUUUCAAAUUCCGACCUGGUGAACCACCAGAGGACUCACACAGGAGAGAAACCUUAUAAGUGUCCAGUUUGUAGAAGAAGUUUUAUUUCAAAUUCCGACCUGGUGAACCACCAGAGGACUCACACAGGAGAGAAACCAUAUGAGUGUCCACAGUGUGGGAAAAGUUUCAGUCAGAAUUCCAACCUGAUGAAUCACCAGAGCAGUCACACAGGAGAGAAACCCUUUGAAUGUCCUGACUGUGGGAAAUGUUUCAUUCAGAAUUCACACUUAGUGAUACAUCAAAGAACUCACUCAGGAGAAAAGCCCUUUGAAUGUCCUGAUUGUGCGAAACGUUUCAGUCAGAAUUCCUACCUGGUGAUACACCAGCGGAUUCAUACAGGAGAGAAACCUUAUGAGUGUCCAGUUUGUGGAAAAAGUUUCCUUGCAAAUUCCCACCUGGCGAGACACCAGAGGACUCAUACUGGAGAGAAACCAUAUGAGUGUCCACAGUGCGGGAAAAGUUUCAGUCAGAAUUCCAACCUGGUGAACCACCAGAGGACUCACACAGGAGAGAAACCCUUUGAAUGUCUUGAUUGUGGGAAAAGUUUUGGUUACCAUUCAAAUCUUGUGAUACACCAGAGGACUCAUACUGGAGAGAAACCCUUUGAAUGUCCUGAUUGUGGGAAAAGUUUCAGUGAGAAUUCUCAACUACAGAUACACCAGAGGAUUCACACCGGAGAGAAACCCUUUGAAUGUCCUGAAUGUGGGAAAAGUUUCAGAAAGAAUUCUGACCUAGUGAACCACCAGAGGACUCACACAGGAGAGAAACCUUAUGAGUGUCCAGUUUGUGGAAGAAGUUUCAUUUCAAAUUCGCACCUGGUGAAACACCAGAGGACUCACACAGGAGAGAAACCGUAUGAGUGUCCACAGUGUGGGAAAAGUUUCAGUCAGAAUUCCAACCUGAUGAAUCACCAGAGCACUCACACAGGAGAGAAACCCUUUGAAUGUCUUGAGUGUGGGAAAAGUUUCAGUUACCAAUCUAAUCUUGUGAUACAUCAAAGGACUCAUACUGGAGAGAAACCCUUUGAAUGUCCUGAUUGUGGUAAACGUUUCAGUCUCAAUUCCAGUCUAGUAAUACACCAGAGGACACACACUGGAGAGAAACCCUUUGAAUGUCCUGACUGUGGGAAAUGUUUCAUUCAGUAUUCCAACCUGGUGAUACAUCAAAGGUCUCACACCGGAGAGAAGCCCUUUGAAUGUCCUGAAUGUGGGAAAAGUUUCAUUCAGAAUUCACACUUGGUGAGACACCAGAGGACUCACACAGGAGAGAAACCAUAUGAAUGCCCAGAGUGUAAGAAAAGUUUCAAUUGCAAAUCACAACUGAUUAUGCAUAAGAUGAUCCACACUGGAAAAAAGCCAUAUUAAUGCUACAAAUGUGACAAAAGCUUUUGUCAGAAUAGUUCUCUUGUGGUUCAUAGAAAGACCCAUAGAGGACAGAUGCCGUACUACUGCUCUCAAUGUGGUAAAUGCUUUCGCAAGCAUGGCAAUCUGGUGAUACAUCAGAGGACUCACACCAGGGAGAAAUCAUAUGAGUGUAAAUGUACCGAUUGUGGGAAAUGUUUUGCUUACAAUUUCACUUUGGUGAGACACCAGAGAACUCACUCAGGAGAGAAGCCCUUUGAAUGUCCUGAUUGUGCGAAAUGUUUCAGUCAGAAUUCCUACCUGGUGAGACACCAGAGGACUCACACAGGAGAGAAACCAUAUGAGUGUCCACAGUGUGGGAAAAGUUUCAGUCAGAAUUCCAACCUGGUGAACCACCAGAGGACUCACACAGGAGAGAAACCUUAUGAGUGUCCAGUGUGUGGAAGAAGUUUCAUUUCAAAUUCCCACCUGGUGAGACACCAGAGUACUCACAUAGGAGAGAAACCUUAUGAGUGUACAGUUUGUGGAAAAAGUUUCCGUACAAAAGGCCAGCUGGUGACACACCAGAGGACUCACACAGGAGAGAAACCAUAUGAGUGUCCACAGUGUGGGAAAAGUUUCAGUCAGAAUUCCACCCUGGUGAACCACCGAAGGACUCACACAGGAGAGAAACCCUUUGAAUGUCCUGCUUGUGGGAAAAGUUUCCGAGAGAAUUCUUACCUGGUGAUCCACCAGAGGACUCACACAGGAGAGAAACCUUAUGAGUGUCCAGUUUGUGGGAGAAGUUUCAUUUCAAAUUCCGACCUGGUGAAACACCAGAGGACUCACACAGGAGAGAAACCUUACAAGUGUCCAGUUUGUGGAAGAAGUUUCAUUUCAAAUUCCGACCUUGUGAAACACCAGAGGACUCACACAGGAGAGAAACCUUAUGAGUGUCCACAGUGUGGGAAAAGUUUCAGUCAGAAUUCCAACCUGGUGAACCACCAGAGGACUCACACAGGAGAGAAACCUUAUGAGUGUACAGUUUGUGGAAAAAGUUUCCUUACAAAAGGCCAGCUGGUGACACACCAGAGGACUCACACAGGAGAGAAACCAUAUGAGUGUCCACAGUGUGGGAAAAGUUUCAGUCAGCAUUCCAACCUGGUGAACCACCAGAGGACUCACACAGGAGAGAAACCUUAUGAGUGUCCAGUUUGUGGAAGAAGUUUCAUUUCAAAUUCCCACCUGGUGAACCACCAGAGGACUCACACAGGAGAGAAACCUUAUGAGUGUCCACUUUGUGGAAGAAGUUUCAUUUCAAAUUCCAACCUGGUGAACCACCAGAGGACUCACACAGGAGAGAAACCUUACGGGUGUCCAGUUUGUGGAAGAAGUUUCAUUUCAAAUUCCGACCUUGUGAAACACCAGAGGACUCACACAGGAGAGAAACCAUAUGAGUGUCCACAGUGUGGGAAAGGUUUCAGUCAGAAUUCCCACCUGGUGAACCACCAGAGGACUCACACAGGAGAGAAACCUUACGGGUGUCCAGUUUGUGGAAGAAGUUUCAUUUCAAAUUCCGACCUGGUGAAACACCAGAGGACUCACACAGGAGAGAAACCUUAUGAGUGUCCAGUUUGUGGAAGAAGUUUCAUUUCAAAUUCCGACCUUGUGAGACACCAGAGGACUCACACAGGAGAGAAACCAUAUGAGUGUCCACAGUGUGGGAAAGGUUUCAGUCGGAAUUCCCACCUGGUGAACCACCAGAGGACUCACACAUGAGAGAAACCCUUUGAAUGUCUUGAUUGUGGGAAAAGUUUUGGUUACCAUUCUAAUCUUGUGAUGCACCAGAGGAUUCACACCGGAGAGAAGCCCUUUGAAUGUCCUGACUGUGGGAAAUGUUUCCUUCAGUAUUCCAACCUGGUGAUACAUCAAAGAACUCACUCAGGAGAGAAACCCUUUGAAUGUCCUGAUUGUGCGAAACGUUUCAGUCAGAAUUCCUACCUGGUGAUACACCAGCAGAUUCACACAGGAGAGAAACCUUAUGAGUGUCCAGUUUGUGGAAAAAGUUUCCUUGAAAAUUCCCACCUGGUGAGACACCAGAGGACUCACACAGGAGAGAAACCAUAUGAGUGUCCACAGUGUGGAAAACGUUUCAGUCACAAUUCUGACCUGGUGAACCACCAGAGAACUCACACAGGAGAGAAACCAUAUGAGUGUCCACGAUGUGGGAAAAGUUUCAGUCAGAAUUCCAACCUGGUAAGACACCAGAGGACUCACACAGGAGAGAAACCAUAUGAGUGUCCACAGUGUGGGAAAAGUUUCAAUCAGAAUUCCAAGCUGGUGAACCACCAGAGGACUCACACAGGAGAGAAAACUUAUGAGUGUCCAGUUUGUGGAAGAAGUUUCAUUUCAAAUUCCCACCUAGUGAAACACCAGAGGACUCACACAGGAGAGAAACCAUAUGAGUGUCCACAGUGUGGGAAAAGUUUCAGUCAGAAUUUCAAGCUGGUGAACCACCAGCGGAUUCACACAGGAGAGAAACCUUUUGAGUGUUCAGUUUGCGGAAAAAGUUUCAUUGCAAAUUCCCACCUGUUGAAACACCAGAAGACUCACACAGGAGAGAAACCAUUUGAGUGUCCACAGUGUGGGAAAAGUUUCAGUCAGAAUUACAACCUGGUGAACCACCAGAGGACUCACACAGGAGAGAAACACUUUGAAUGUCUUGAUUGUGGGAAAAGUUUUGGUUACCAUUCUCAUCUUGUGAUACACCAGAGGACUCAUACUGGAGAGAAACUCUUUGAAUGUCUUGAUUGUGGGAAAAGUUUUGGUUACCAUUCUCAUCUUGUGAUACACCAGAGGACUCAUACUGGAGAGAAACCCUUUCAAUGUCCUGAUUGUGGGAAACGUUUCAGUCAGAAUUCUGACCUGGUGAACCACCAGAGGACUCACACAGGAGAGAAACCUUAUGAGUGUCCAGUUUGUGGAAGAAGUUUCAUUUCAAAUUCCCACCUGGUGAAACACCAGAGGACUCACACAGGAGAGAAACCAUAUGAGUGUCCACGGUGUGGGAAAAGUUUCAGUCAGAAUUCGAACCUGGUGAAUCACCAGAGGACUCACACAGGAGAAAAGCCCUUUGAAUGUCCUGACUGUGGGAAAUGUUUCAGUUACUCUUCUGUGCUUGUGAAACACCGGAGGAUACAUACAGGAGAGAAACUAUGAAAGGAUCCAGAUUGUGGGAAUGAUUUCCAUAUCAGGCCUAACGUUAUAAGCCAUGUACCUUUAUACACAAGGGAAAAAUUUCAAAUCUCCGUCUAUAGUGUCACAUGGCCGGCAAGUCAUUCCCACAAAGCAGGCCACACCUACAGAAGAGGUUCUAAACAAAUUUGAAACCCCGCACUGCUCUUAUUGCACACAUGAGGCAAAAGUUGAUGAGGUUAGAGAAGGCUUGAAUUUCAUUUCUAUUUUUUAAAAUAUAUUUUAUUAUUUACAUAUCAGUGUGACUGUCCUGGUGUUUCAUCCGCCAUAGAAACUAAAGUGAAAGACAAAUACCAUAUAUACUACUUACCCAAUGCUCGUCUUCUAAAAUUAUUAUUGAUCAAUGAAUUCAUUCUAAUAGAAAUAUAUACAUAUAUUUCAGGUC